AGAGAGAGACCUCUGCAAGUGGAAAUCCACGACCCAGCAGCCGCCUCCUCGUGCGAAAAUUAAGAUUUUUCUUGCAGCCCGCAAUCGAAGUCAUCCAGCACGGGUACAAUCGCAGCCGUCCAUUUAGAUAUCCAUGGUCAUAUUUUCCGUCGAGAAAUUUUGUGCCAGUUCUUUCGACCUCCGACGCCCCCAUCAGUUCACCCACGCAUCAGUUCCUCUUUGCUCCUCCUCGCUCCCUCCGCGUGAUCGCCACCUUCCCUCGGUCGCCUUCGUUGGGAGCCGUGUUCGGACAAAAGGAAAACAAAAUAAAAGUAAAUCAGUGCUGCCGUGCUUCCCGAUGAGGAGGGGCGGCCUCAAUCCCGACCUCAGGCUGUCUCUCCCGAGCCACGAGGCCUCCAUUAGCCAGUUCCUGACUCAGAGUGGAACGUUCAAGGACGGGGAUCUUCUCGUGAAUAAGGACGGGCUUCGGAUCCUCUCUCACAGCGAAGAAGACGGGCAAUCUCUCAUAAACCCGAUAGUUAAUCAGUUGAGUUUAGAUGAUGUAGACACGGUUAAAGUGAUCGGGAAAGGUAGCGGUGGAAUUGUGCAGCUGGUCCGCCACAAAUGGACGGGCCAAUUUUUUGCUCUCAAGGUUAUAGAACUGAACAUUCAAGACAGCGUACGCAAGCAAAUUGCUCAGGAACUCAGGAUAAGCCUGUCGACCCAGUGCCCAUGCGUCGUUGCAUGCUACCAGUGCUUCUACUACAAUGGUGCCAUCUCUAUAGUGUUGGAGUACAUGGAUGGAGGCUCCCUUGCUGAUUUUUUGAACAGCGUGAAAACCAUUCCAGAGCCGUAUCUUGCGGCAAUCUGUAAGCAGGUUCUUCAAGGAUUGAUCUAUUUACACCAUGAAAAGCGCAUCAUACACCGAGACCUGAAGCCGUCAAACAUUCUGAUCAAUCACAGAGGGGAGGUUAAGAUAUCUGACUUUGGUGUCAGUGCUAUAAUCGCAAGCUCGUCUGGUCAACGAGAUACCUUUAUCGGCACUUACAAUUACAUGUCUCCAGAAAGAAUAGCUUCACAGACACAUGGCUACAUAAGUGAUAUUUGGAGCUUUGGUCUGGUUGUGUUGGAAUGCGCUACGGGCCAGUUUCCUUAUCCACGUUGUGAUAGUUUCUACGAGCUUUUGGAUAUGAUAGUCGAACAGCCACCGCCCUGUGCUCCUCCAGAACACUUCUCCGAGGAGUUUUGCUCAUUCAUUUCUGAAUGUUUACAGAAAAAGCCCAAGGAUAGAAAAACUGCACGGCUGCUUCUGGUAAGUGGCGUAUCUGAUUUGCUCAAUUCACGUAUAUUCCUUUGCAGAGGACGCUACUAUUCUUCCUCUCACAUGGUGCAUUUGUGGAGCCAGAAACAUCCCUUCCUGAGCAUGUACGAUGACCUGCAAGUGGAUCUUGCUUCUUACUUCACCAUGUCCGGAUUGCCGCUCAGCCAGUUUUUGAAGGAAUGAGCUGUACGUGGAGUUUCUUUCCUACUCGAAGGCUGCUGCUGCUUUGUUUUCUUUUGCCCAAUUUUUGGGGGUUGUUUCCAGUGUUGUUGCAUGACGUGAUGAAUGAGAAGAAAACACAAAAAAAGCGCAGCAUCCUUGACUCGGUGAA